GAGAGAGAGAAAGAGAGGGAGAGGUAGAAGUGAAGAGAGGAGCAGAGAGACAGGAGACCGGAGCAGAGGUGAUCUUGCCCUCAUUAGUGUCAGGACUACAGGAUGAUUAUGGGUUGACAAGGGAAUGAUGGAAGCAAACAAAGUUCUUCAUUUUGUGCCAUCCGAGGCUCCCUCCUCGGGGAUGGCAAAGAAUGGAUACUUCUAUCAGGAGAUGGAACAGAGGGAGAGAGAAGAACACGAGGAGGGGAGCGAGGAGAGAGAGGAGGGCCAGGACUCUCCCAUCCCAUCAGGAGAUGACAUUCAUCUCUACGGCAGCCAGACACACCAAGGAGGGCCAGAAACUGAUGUCCAUGGCUGUGUGCUGCUUAACACGUCUCGAAGGUACGUCAAGCUGAUGAACUUCGAAGAAGAAGUGCGUGCUCACAGAGAUCUGGAUGGCUUUCUGGAGCGGGCCAGUAUCCUCUUGCAUGAAGACGAGGCGUCUCUGGACGACGUGCUAAAGACAAUGCUCCGCCACGUCUCGCAGGACCCUCACACCGCUGAGCCCGGCUGCAACUUUGAGGAGAUCAUGAGCUCCCUCUUCACAGACGCUGGUUCACAGGAAGUCAAUGACAGGUCGGCGAAUUUCAUUUUCUAUGACAACGUGCAUCUAUUGUCAGAGACGCUGCAGUGUGUGACGGCCACAGCCACGGGGAUCCAGUACCAGCAGUCCUGGCUUUGCAUCCUCUGUAAUGUGAAGAACCUGCAGAGGCGGCACGUGUGUAUCUCACGUCUGGAUCGGCCGCAGAACUGGGGGGAAAACUGCGCUGAGGUCCGUUACGUCAUCCUCAUCCUGGCACCUUCAAAGAUGAAAAGCACUAAGACAGCGAUGGAGCUGGGCAGGACGUUUGCCAGCAUGUUCUCCGACAUCUCCUUCAGACAGAAGCUGCUAGAGAGUAAAACUCAAGAGGAGUUCAAAGAGGCGCUGGUCAUCCAGAGGUACCACCUGACUGCUGCCAAGCGUAAAACCACGGCUGUGGAGGGCGAAGAGACAGACCCACACAGUCAAAAACCACUGAAGUCUGCAGAAUCUGUGUUCUCUCAUCUUGUGUCUCUCUCUCUGCUGUGCAGGGGGCCCUGUUGUAGGGAUUUUUUCAGGGUGGGAAGAGGAAUCUAUGAGGAUCUGUGUCGCCGGCUGCCUCUCUACCCGUCUGACUUCACUGAUGGAUUAGUGGGUAAUAACAAAGCCCUGGUCAAGUUCAUGACGACGUCCAUUUUCCUCUACAUCGCUGUGCUGCUUCCCGCCAUUGCUUUUGGCUCACUGAAUGAUGAGAGCACUCGGGGAGAGAUCGAUGUUCAGAAGACGAUCAUCGGGCAGAGCAUAGGAGGAAUUAUCUACUCGCUGUGCGCUGGCUCUCCUCUGGUCAUUCCUCUAACCACAGCGCCCAUCGCCAUUUUCAUCAGUGUGAUCAGAGGGAUCUGCGAUGAUUAUGAGCUGGACUUUGCAGCGUUUUAUGCCUGCAUCGGCCUGUGGAACAGCCUCUUCCUCAUCAUGGGAGGAGUCUUCAACCUCAGCCUGCUUGUUAAGCUUUUCAAGAGGUCGAUAGAGGAGGUGAUAGCUCUGUUCAUUUCCAUUGCUUUUGUAGCAGACGCAGUUAAGGGCACUGUCAAGAUCUUUCACGAUAAUUAUCACGCCCCCACUCUGGCCAACGGGAGCGCGGCGGAGCUGAACCGCAUCAGCGGCAGUGUCCAUUUAGGAGAGCUGAACCAGACCGAGGCCGGACCCGUAUCUCUCCCAGAAUCCUUCAUUCUGUGCACACGGGCACGACCGCUCCUCUGCCUGCUGCUCAUGAUGGGCACACUGUGGGUGGGAUACACUCUCUACCAGUUCAGGAGAAGUCCAUUUCUGCAUGUGAAGAUGAGAGAGAUUCUGUCUGACUGUGCUCUGCCCAUCUCCGUGCUCGUCUUCUCCUAUGUGGGAUCUUACGUCUUCAACGACAUUGCCUUGCCGGUGUUUAACUUCCAUGAAGGUCCGGUGUUUCAAGUAGCCCCUUUGGAUAAGCUGACAGGAGCGAGUGUCCUCAGUGCGAUGGGUCUAGGCUUCCUCCUCUUUCUCCUCAUCUUCAUUGACCAGAACAUCGUAGUUUCACUCACAAAUGCACCGGAAAACAGGUUACUGAAGGGCACGGCGUAUCACUGGGACCUGACUCUGUCUGGCUUGAUUAAUAUUUUGAUGUCUGUGCUGGGCUUGCCGUGGAUGCACGCUGCCUUCCCACACUCCACUCUGCACGUGCGACAGCUGGCCAUCGUGGAGGAGCGGGUGGAGGGAGGACACCUUUACGAGACUAUAGUGAGUGUGAAGGAGACGCGGGUGACCUCUCUCGUGGCAAACAUCCUGAUCGGUGUGAGUGUGUUUCUGCUGCCGGUGCCCCUGCAGUGGAUCCCCAAACCUGUGCUCUAUGGGCUCUUUCUCUACAUCGCUCUCACCUCCAUCGAAGGCAAUCAGAUGUGCGACCGCAUGGCUCUGCUCCUCAAAGAACAAACGUCGUAUCCUCCCACUCACUACAUCCGCAAGGUGCCGCAGAGGAAGAUCCAUUACUUCACUUUCCUUCAGAUGGUGCAGCUGCUGUUCCUCUGUGCGUUUGGGAUGUACCCGCUCCCGUAUAUGAAGAUGAUCUUUCCUCUGCUAAUGUUUAUCCUCAUACCCAUCAGGAACUGUCUACUGCCCAGGAUCAUUGAGGCUAAGUACCUGGACAUUAUGGAUGCACAGCGCAUGUAAACACAUGUACACUGAGCCUCUGAGCAAAGGACUCUGGGAAUUGUAUUUUUAAAAUGCAAAACUCUGGGAGGAAAACAAACUGAUUCUAAUGUUUAACAGCAGGCAUUCUGGUGAAGCACUGAACUAGUAAGA